CUAUCUUUAUCUCCCUCCUUAGAUAUGCAACAUAGAAUAACAUAGAAUAACAUAGUAGAAUUAAAUAACGCUAAUAGUGAACUCCCCGAACGCACCCAAGACACGUGUGACCGAACGAAUGAGCGGAACGCUCCAACUCGCAGGAACGUUCGACUUAUGCCAACCGACAAGUGUAUUUUUAUGCUUACCGUGCCUAUCCGAAAAAGAAAUCGACCGCCGUAGAGGAAAGAACAAAAACGCCUCGUUCCUGUCACUACAAAUCGUGAGGACGCACUUUUUAUUGGAGCAAAAUGCCGAGUAUGAGCUGAACUGUGAACAGUAUCAAAUUUGUGACUUGACAUGGUGGAGAUGCAGUAUCAAUCAACACCUAAAUUCAUACCCAUAAAGUCUAACAUGUCUAACAUGUAUCUCAAUAUUUCGCCAGGAACAAGAAAAAGAAAUGGUGUUGGAUUAAGACUGCUGUUGCCAAAACCAAAUAAUAACAGUGUCCAAAACCAAAAACUGACAAUGCCUAACCUAAUACGCAAAAGUGAACUUGAGCCACAAAACCUAUGCUAUGAGACACCAUCUGUGUCAGAAACUAAAUUUCAAAAUCUUAAAGAUUCUAAAUUCAAAGUCGAAGACUUCAGAAAAAGGAAACAAGUGAAAAGAUCCUAUGUUAAUUGCAACAAACAAUCCCAAAUACCUGCAAUAAAUAUAAAUACACUGGAUGAGGAGGUUGAAGAUGCCAACUUGUUGCCUUCCAAGAGAGGCAACAAGAUGUCGGAAAUCACCUUGAUCCCUAUUGGAGCAAAAGUGUGUGGUUGUUCUGGACCAUGUGAGAUCAUCAUUUGUGAAGUAAUAGUGCAGCAGUAUGUGGAUCAGGAUGAAGUGUCGCUCAUGUUGGCAAUGAACAUCGAAGAAGAAGAAAUAGAUGCACAUGUGAUGAAGCAUUGCGACGACAAAUACUGCGAUGCGCUGAACAUCGACCACGACCGUUGUCGGAGAGGAUUGAUCGAGCUGUAUAGAUGUGACCAAUCGGAUGUAUGCGACGUUUGUCAAGAAACUAUGAAGGAUUGGAAAUCGCGGCUGUAUCAUGAGGGAUGCGAGAAGAAAAACGAAUACAGGCACAACAAUGUGAGACCAGAGCACCUGCUAAAGGACAGGUUCCGCUUGCGAGAGCUGCAGAUAUUAGAGGACUCGAGCGUAAGAAGAAGGAACAACUACUUGGACCCUGUCACUGGGCCCGCCUUGGCACUAGAAACCAUACGGAAUAACAAGGAACUGAUUAUUACUCCGUGGACGAGGCCAAAUCUGGAACCGGCUGUCACGACUACCACGGUAUCUAGCAACGCUCUGGCCAGCGUCAGCCAAGCUGUCGCGGUCAAUUCUCAAGCGAGCAAGCCGAAGAAUAUCGUCGAUAAUACGAUCAUGACUUCAGUUCGUAGCAAUGCCACAUUGUCUUCUAGUGGCACGUCGUUAUAUCCUAAACAGAAUGUAGCGCAACAGGCGGGUCCAGCGCUGUUCUCCAAUGCACAGCGGAACAUGUACAUCGUGACGUCGUCCAACACAACUCCUAUAUCGGCUGUACCUCUUCCACAGAAUCGGCACAAUUGCCGCCCAAACUCGAUCUCGUCUAUAACGCAACCUGCUACCGUGAAACCUAUAACCGUGCGGCCUGCAACCGUACGGCCUGCAACCGUGCAACUUGCAACUGUAAAAUCCACAACUGUGCAGCCUGCAACCGUGCAACCUGCAAUCGUACGACCUGCAACCAUGCAACCUGCAAUCGUACGGCCUGCAACUGUGCAACCUGCAAUCGUACGGCCUGCAACCGUACAGCCUGCAACCGUGCGACCUGCAACCGUGCAACUUGCAACUGUAAAAUCCACAAUUGUGCAGCCUGCGACCGUGCGGCCUGCAACUGUGCAGCUUGCAACUGUACAAUCUACAACUGUAAAACCCACAACUGUGCAGUCUGCGACCGUGCAGUCUGCAAUCGUACAGCCUACAACAAUGAGCAACUUGAUCGUGUCACAACCUCACGUUGCGACGAAUACGUCGGAUCAGCCUAAGCCGUUGUUGGCGCCGAUACGAGUGAUACCUAUAACCAACCUGAAGUCGGCGCCCUCCCUGUUACAUCGCCAACAGGGUAUUCCCAAGUUCUGCGUCAUAACGGGAAAUGUGAUCACCACGCUAACCGUGCCGAACACACAGGCUAUUCAAUCUAUCAUUGCCGCAAAUAUUGUCGCACAACAGGAAAAUGCUCCGAAGAUUCCGGAGAAAGCCAAACCACCGGCUUCCACGCAUCCUUCCACGCAGAAGCGACGCAUCUUUCCACAGAAACGAAUCCUCUCCAACAAACCCAACAAGCCCAACAAGCAGUUUUUCUGUGUCUAUUGCUGUAAAUAUUUUAGCACUGUGUGGUACUUCAAGAAGCACGUCGCGAGACACGAGAGGGAGAAACACACUCCUCGAGUCUCCAUCACGUCUCUCUAUGAUAAGCAUGGUAGAAAGACUCAUGUGAGUGAGAAACAAGAUGUGCGAGAAGUGCUCGACUACGACUACGACUGCGAUUCACCUUCUUCGAUUAAAAGUUCCACCGACAGAAUAAACGACGAAUUAGAACCGCAAGUACAGGUGGAAUAUGAUACUGAAUAUUGCGACGGAGACCUUGUGAACGAAACGAAUUGUACUACGAUUGGUGACACCAACCAAGUAGAAAAGAAGAAAAUAAAAUGCGAAAAGACGUUUGACAUUUGGAACGGAAAUAUAGAAAUAUUUAGAAACGGUAUUAAAAUAGAAGCGCAAGACGAUGUCAAUUUCGAAGAUUCAUUUUUCACGGAACAUCACGAUAUCGAAGAGUCGUCGUUCAACGAAAAUUAUAACACGGAGGAAAACAACUUCACAAUCGUUUCUGUAGGAAACAUUGACAGAAACGAACACUUCGAUAAGUUGUAAGAGGAGAAUGCUUUGAGAUGAAAUCAUCAAGGUAUUGCGCAUCUGAUACUUUUAAAGAUCGCUUGUUAAAUCAAAUUUGGAAACACAAACCCAUAUAGAUUUUUAUGAUUAUCACGACGUGAAACAAUCGAUAAUAAAAACUCUAAAAUAUUUUAAAUUUAUGAAGCAAAUAUACUGCAUCAAUAAUUAAAUUUACGUCAUUCAAUGAAAUGUUUUGUAUGGAUGCAGUAACAAAUUUACUAAAAGUUGUACUCAAAUUUUCAUAUAUUUAACAUGAUGUGUUGUUCAGAACAAAUUUUAAUAAUUUUUUUCUUAUCUCUUUAGCAUUUCUAUUUCGUCAUUCCAUGUAAUAAAUGUAAUUCCAUGUAUAUGAGUGCAUAUGAACCAUAAAAGUGCAUAUGAACUUUAAAAGAAAUCAAUCAAAAUAAUAUUUCAUGCAGUGUCAAUAUAAUACAGAAUUUACAUUAUUAUAUGAGAUAAAUUUAAUGAUGCAUUAUGUUUGCCUCAAAUAUAUGUGUAAUAAAAGUAACUGUAAAGUUUCAAUCAUUGAUUGUCUCACAUCGUGAUAAUCAUGAAAGUUUUGCCAAAAGAGGAUAAGCAAAAGAGGGCUGAUUUUCGUUUAAAAAAUAUAAUAUGAACUGUACAUGUAAUCUUGCGUUUUUUUUUCGGGUCGCUGAAUAUGAUAAUGGUAUUUUUAUUCAUAUAAAAAACCCUAUGGGAAAGUAGUUAAAAGUCGUCUUAAAGAGUUGAAAUGUUAUUUUUAAUAAUAAUUCGGUCAGUGAAGAUUUUGUUUCAAUUAUAGAAUUACUUAUAAUAUAGUUUUAUCAUUUUUUCAAUAGAAAAUUAAAAAAUGCUCAGAAAUGCUAAACUAUAAUACUAAACACUAUAAUAUACACAAUUAAAUAUAAUUAAACAAUUAGAACAAUCAUCACUGAAUUACUAUUUAAAGUAACUUAUUUCAACUCAUUUAAGGCAAAUUUUGACUGUUUCCUCUUAUGCGUUUAGACGGAUAAAAAUGUUACUAUCGUAUUCAGCGAUUAAAAAAAAAACGUAAAAUUACAUGUAUAUUACUUAUAUUACACUUUUUAGGUUAAAAUCGACCCAUUUUAUUUAUCAUUCUUUACGUGUCCAUCUAGAAAAAUGUAUCGAACCAAAAAAAUAUAUAUUAAUAUAGUUAUUCAUUUAUAAUGUAUUCUUAGUUGCUUGUAUGAUUUAAUAAUAUUGAGCCUCCUUUAAAGUUCUUAAUUGCUCGCCAUAGAUUUCUUGGUUGAUGACAUCAGAAGUAAAAAAAUUCCCAAAAUUCUUGCAAAAUACGUGGAAAUAUAUAAAAAGAUAUUAUAAAAUAACAUGAUUUAUUAUAUAGUAUAUAUGUUAUAUAAUCACAUUUUUAAAAUAUUCCGAGAACUCUUCCUUUGUUCCAAUAAUUUAUGUUUCCAUAAAUAUCUUUAAAAUUAACAUGACAUCUAACUUAGCUUCUACUAUGUGAUUUUGACACAUUAAUUGUAAAUGAAUAUUUAUUGAUUAUUGAAAGAGUUUUUUAAUUUGUCACAAAAAUGUACACAAUCAAUCAAAUGCCAUUCGAUGGACAUAUCUUUUCACUUUACUGUAUUUGGCAAGAAUUUUGGGCAUAUAUUUUCUCGUUUUUCUGCCAUUAACCAAACUAGCCACGGCGAAGAAACAGAGGCCUUGAAGCAUAGGUAAAUUUUAAAUUACACAAGAAACUUUGACACGAAAAAGAAAAUAGAAUUAUUUGUUUUGCCUUUCCAAAUGAACGUCUUUUAAACUUUAUUUGUACACUUAAACAUAGUCUCAUUAAUUGUUUUGUAAAUUGUUGUUGUCCCUAUAUUACUAAUGUAAUACUUUCUUUUACAUUCCUAAACUGCAUUUUGAUAUUCACUGAAAAUUUAUAGUGUAUGUAUAAAACAUAAUUUUCAGUACUGAAAGUGAAUAAUGGAAUGCAUCUAUAUAUAAAAAAUUCAGUAUGACGAAUUUAAUAUAUUUUAUGUAAUGGUGUACGAAUGUUAAUGAUGAAAUGUUAUUUUUUUGUAACAAUUUCUGAACAUAGCUAUGUAGUUAUAUAAAGGAUGAAAGAAAUUGUAAUUGUAUAUUUUCAAUAGUAUAAAGUUUUAAUAAUGAGAAAUACCGUUGUUAAACAAUAUACUCGUUUAAAAAGAAACUUUAGGAGAUCAACAAAUUUCUAGGAUGAUAAAAUUGAUUUUAUAAUUUCAAAAUUCUGCUAUAUAAAUAUUGUAAAUUUUAUCUAUUUUCUAACGAUAUAUACGAUGUAGAAAAAAUAUUAGGUUUGUUUGAUAUGCUGAAAUGUAGUACGACACUCGAAGCGCAUCAUAUUCGUAUAUUACAUUGUUUUUUAUUCUCAUUCAACGUAAUAACUUAACUCACCGAGUUGACUUUAAGUACUCGCUGCAGCUAUUUUUGAUUGUGACGUCAAAAGUAACAAAUAACACGUCGAAAAUUCUUGUGCGACAUUGAUAAAUAAAAAUAUACUUAUAUCAAAGAAUACUUUAGAUCGUUUGAGCAUGCUUAUAAAAUGUUCUAAAAACUAUCUUUUCCUUUCAACAGCCAAUAGAUAGUUAUAAAAUGAACGUGACAGAAUUAUGAGGGAAAAUAUGUUAGAGAAAUAUUUUUUCCAUGUUAAAUUUAUUAUCAAGGAAAAAUACUUUUCGGAAUAUUUUACAAAUAUGUUUAAGCGAUCAGAAGUAGUCUUUCGCAUAAAAUUAUUUUUUUCCUUAGAAAUGGCACGCAAUCUUAGCAUUUCACGUAUUCGUUUUCUUGUUUUUGACUCCAACAACUCAGAAUUGCACAGCGAGUAUCCAAGAGCUUUGAGUGAUCAAAGUAUAACAUCGUUCAUACAAGUGUUAGCGCGGAUCGGAGGUCGCAUAUCGUUGUGUAUUACGUAAGAUACGCAACGUAAAAUUACAAAUCGUUAUUCUCAAGUUAUAGAUUUUAUACAAAUUAUAUAUAAAUUAUAAAUUUUCCAAAAAACAUGACACUAGCUGCAAUCGAUCACACUGGAUGCCUUUUUAUUUUACAGUGCGCUUCACUUUACUCGAAAAGAAUAUGCAUUACAAUGCAUUGUGAAAAUGUGGCCCAAAACAGACUACAUUCUUCUCUAAUAUCGUGAUAUAGAUAUAUGCGCAAAGUAUAUUUAUUUAUAUAAUUUUAUAAUUAUUUUGUGCGAUGUAUCAACGUAUUAUUCGUUCUUUAGAGACAAUCAUAUACGGCAAACAUUUUAGCAUUGAAACAAACGAAUAGUAAGCGUUAUUGUUUAAUUGCGGAUAUCUUGCGUUCGGUGAGUUUUUUUGUUUACGGAACAUUUAGCGCAAACGGUAUGAAUGAUGUGAAACUGUGAGAUGCGUUUGACGGCAAAAUGUGACCUCUUACAUUGUGACGCCUUGUGAAGUACAAUAUGAAAUGUUCUGUCCUGCUGUUACAAUGCAAACGUGUGUGCAAUGGCGACGUGCGUUUGUUUAAUGAUGUAAAUAAUGUUCCUGAAUGCGAUAGUUCGAGAAGGAAUUGUGUGCCUUGUGAGACCCGAGAGAUAUUUUUGCUGAUAUAGUCAUAUUUAUUUUUUUUAUAGAUUUAUUGACACAACGCCUGUAGCAAUGAAUUCUAUUGGGAUAUGCGCUUUUCACAUUUUCUUCUGCAAUUAAGGAAACGAAAAUAUAUUUGCAACGCAAAUAUUGAAAUAUAGUAAAAAUGUGUCAUUUGGCGUUUAUCAUGAUUAGAUUAGUGUUUCAGCGAAUCUCUCCAGGUAGCGAAUAGAUUAUAUAUGUUUCAUUUGUAAAAUGUACACGUUCCUGAAGUUUAAGCACUUUGCGAUGUAAUUUUAAUGUUUGUUAUAAGAUAAAAUAUAAAAGCGUCUUUUUUUGCAAUCUGCUUUACAACACUGUAAUGCACAAGCAUAAAGCCUGUAACACAAAUAUAAAAAAGAAAAGGCUAUAUUUUAUUGCAAGUUCCAUGACGAAAUGGACAUAUUAAUUAACGAUUGAGGAUAUUUUGGCUAUAAUAAGUAUUAGUUCUGUUUUCAAUAUUUAAGAGAUGUUUAAUAUAGUUAAGAAAAUUCCAUAUUUUUACUCCUUUAUCGAUAUUUAUAAUAAAAUAUUAUAUUUAUAAUGAAAAUUCAUUAAUAAAAUAUUUCCUUUGAUAGCAAUUUAUUAAUAUACAUUAAUUACAGAAAAAUAAUAAAAU